AUGCUUAACACUCAGCCAGUCUGGACAAGCCCAGAAGUCUGGCGCAACAUUGUCUUUCUCGACAACAGCAUCGGAGGUUGCUUCAAAGGAUUUGCCAAAGAAGUGGCAGAUGAUGAAGGCGACUGGAGAAAGGUACUUGAGAGGGAUGAAGAAUUCCCAUCGAUUAUGCCACAAAUUAAUGGCGAAGAUCUGGGGCCGUUUGCUUCUCUAGUUGCUCUUAAAGCCAUAAGGGGGAGCGAAUUGCGUUUCGGGUGCCAACUAUACGUGCAGAACGUAUUGGGCCCGCGAUAUAUGAGUCCACCCCAGCAGGAUCUUUCAAAGGCUCUGGACGACUCUAGUCCAUUAACGCCAUUAAUUUUUAUUCUGUCACCUGGAAGCGACCCUAUCGGCUCUAUAAAAGUCCUAGCUGAUCAUUGCUCAUUACCGGAAGACCAGCUGCAUAUCAUCUCGCUUGGCCAGGGACAAACUAAGGCAGCCCAAAAGCUGUUGCAGGAGGCUGGGGAACACGGAGGCUGGGUUUGCCUUCAGAAUUGCCAUUUGGCUGAAACAUUCAUGCCUUAUCUGCAGCAGUCGUACGAACACUUCCAGCAGAAAGAAAUGCAUCAACAGUUCCGAAUUUUUAUGACCUCCCAUCCUACCAAUAUCCUACCAACUAGUAUAGUAAAGCAAGGCAUCAAAAUCGUCACUGAGCCACCGACUGGGCUUCGAGACAACAUUUUGCAGACCUUCACCGAUCUAGACAACAGCGGCGCAGAGGACAUCCCGGACUGUCCAAAUUACAAGCGUUGGCUCUUUUCACUGGCACUUUUCCAUUCGAUUAUCCUAGAACGUCGAAAAUUUGGAGCCCUUGGGUGGAACAAGGCAUACGAAUGGACAGUUUUUGACUUUCGAGUUUCUCAACAAAGUCUGUACGAAUGUGCCUGUAUCAAUGAAGUGGGGACGCUAUGGGACAGAAUUGUUUUCUUGACAGCUGAUAUCCAUUACGGAGGCCGCGUUACAGACCAAAUGGACCAAAGGCUGCUGAAAUCAUUGUUAAAGCGCUGCUUUGCUGCAAAUAACCCGGAAUCUCAGACAGCAGACCCGGCUCUAAAGGGUUAUGUCCUUCCAUCUGACUACUGUUACAAAGAUAUCGCCGAAUUCGCCAUGUGCUUGCCGGCUGAUCCAGCUCCUGAAAUCUUAGGCCUCGACCCAGGGGCUGCCGUGGUCUACAAAGAAAUGCAGAGCAGCCAACUCCUAGACUCCCUCAUCAGCGCACAUCGAGAAAUGCAGGCGCAUACUGGAGGAAACAAAGAUGACAGUCUAAUAAGCACGAUAUCAGAUAUACUUUGCAAGCUGCCUCCUGAUAUUUCCUCGGAGAAAUCCAACACUAGCGUGUUCCAGCUGCACGAAAAUGUACAAACGGGGCUGAGUGAGCUAAGCCCUUUGAGCGACUUUCUUAAGGGAGAGAUUCAGUGUUACAAUACUCUCCUCACCUUUAUCCAAGUUUCUCUCACACAGCUUCUCGAGGCACUACGCGGAUGGAUCGUAAUGAGUGAGGAACUGGACAACCUUGGGCAGGCACUCUACUUCCAGAAGGUCCCGAGAGCCUGGAUUUUAUCAUCGUAUCCUUCUAAGCUCAAUCUUGGGGCAUGGCUUCAUGACCUCAGUAUUCGCGUUAGCAGCACACGACAGUGGGCUCAAAAUGGACCACCCAGUGUCUUCAAUAUUGCAGCGUUUUACAAGCCGCAGAGCUUCUUCAAGGCCACUUUAAGGGUUGUCGCCCGAAAAAUUAAGGAGCCGCCCUCCGAUCUUUCAUUGUCUGCUGAAUUUGCUGAUGCUGAGGAAGUGGUUGAUGUACACGCCGCUGCUGAUGAGGGAACUCGUAUCACAGGUCUCUCUCUCCAGGGAGCUGCCUGGUCGCUUGAAAACAAAAAGCUUGUUGAUGCCAAGCCUAAGGUAAUGUUUCAGGACAUGCCGCCAAUUCUGUUGGUCCCGAAGAUGUCUUGCGUGGCAAGUGAAAGCAAAUACAAGUGCCCCAUAUACAGAACGGCUGACAGGACGGCCUGCUCUGAGGUUAUUACCUUCUUAGACUUACCAACAGAUGAUGACCCUGAGAAGUGGAUUCGUCGCAGUGUUGCACUGCUCUGUGAAACGGGGCAAUAG